AUGGACGGUCCAGACACCCAACUUCUCGUUCAAUCCAACGACGAAGUUAGCUCGCAGCCUGACGAGUAUGCGCGUGAGAAUGGUCUGUCCGUUGACUCUCAAGUCGAUCCACUCUCCUUUGUUCUUCUCAGUCAUGCUCUUCCUCACACCACUCCUGAUAUCAGGCCAAGUAAUUUGACUAGUGAUGCCUCCCUUUGUCAACUCCGCCUUCCCCGUUUCCAUCAUCGCAACGAGCAGUUGCAUGUCUCCAAAGAGUCCCUAGAACUGCCGAACAAAGUCAUCCAGAGGAACAACGAUGCAGAGGGUGCAGCCUUUAAGUCGACCCAGUACGAGACCCGUGUACGUAUAUCGAAACUAAAACUGGAACCGCCGUUGCUUCGGAGCGACCCUGAUUACGACUGCCGGGAGCUCGCCAGAGCCAUCCACCACCAAAGAUAUUCCCGCAUAGAUCCAGCAACAAUACCAUCCGAGCUUCUCGAUACAGAUCUUGAUGAGAGUCUAGACUUCCCAAGGUCUGCUUACCAGUUCAAGCAACAACUUGACAUCACAACUCGUGACGAGAAGCUGGAUAUCCCGAAGGAGGCACUGUAUCACCUGGCUCGGUUUCUUCAUGAUGACUGGACCGAGGAUGACCAACGUCAGAUUUUGGUGGACGCAGCACCACGCCGGAAGGUUUUCCGAAUGAUAAGCGUCACACCGCCUCUUAGCCCUCCUCUACGAGAUACCGAAUUCUUCAUACCAGAUGACACCGUUUGUCAGGUUCCUCUCACAUCUGAUCCUAGCUCACUGCUCAGUGACGAUUGCAAAGCAGCCGAAGCAGACCUGUUUCAAGAGGAUGCUGCCCAGGAAGGUGAUUCCACCGGGCUGGAAUUUAGUACCCCGGAGUUACCCCCGUUGGGAGAUACCCCUUUCCUCAGCCCUGGACGGCCAAAGCUCAGCUCGAUCAUGGUCGAAGCGCCUUUGUCCCCUCUUCCAUCUUCGUCCAACAUGCCCCUUAACCUCCCAGAGCUUACCAAAAGUAUGGAUAUGGAUCGCAUACUGGAUGAUACUCAGGCAGAACGGUCAGGAUCUACAGCAAACCAAGAUGACGACGUCACGUUCGAUGAUGACAUUCUGGAUAAAAUGGGCGACAAUACCGCGAGCGUGAUAAGAAGUAUCGAGCAAGAGAACCUGGAUGUUGCAGACGCCCUAGUACGGGUCGACAUCCCUCAUAUGGACUUUUCGAUUCCGGAACCCGAGUGGAAAAAUCUACCCAUGAAUGCUUCUGCUCACCUACAGUGUAUUCUAGAGACAUUUGACGGACUCGAUAAUGUCACUCGCUGGCCCAAAAACGCUCGAACCGAACAAGAACUUCCCUGGCUCCCGUUCCCAAGCACUGCCGGUCAGGUUUCUUUGGUAGAGUCGAUAGAAGACGAUGGCAGCAUGCAAUACCUUCUACACCUCUCAGAUGUCGCUGAGGUGCCAACAAGUGCAGACUACGUAUGGAAACAACCUGGUUUGGCGAUAUUGCGCGAAGAAGAGGACGACGAAGAAGAGUUUGAACCAGCGAAGACUCCCGGACUGGAAGACGCCCUAACGACACUCGUGAGGAAAAGACGACUUGAGAUCGAGAUUUCAAUUACCGAGAUGGACGGCACGGCCAUGGAGAUGGACAGCACGGCCAUGGAUAUGAUCCCAUCCUCAAGUUCACUCGAUCGCGGUCUAUUCUCUCGCCUCGAAAAGUUAUAUCCAACUGCAGAGAUCAUCGAGCGCGACUUUGAUCGCUUCAACACCCUCGCCUGGAAUCGGCACUCCAUAUCCCGCUCUCCUAUCAUAUCACCACUUGCAGCGGAAGCCGACAUCAUUGUGUCGCCAGCCACGGGGAUCAUCCUGACUACCAUCCUCGAAGCCAUACAGAAACCCCAUCCAGGACACAAGGGUCAGUCAGCUAUCCGCGAGCGUGUAAGCAGUAUCGCGCUUCGUUAUGAAAGACUGGUUAUACUUGUCUCCGAAGGAAACCGGUUCGAUGAGACUGCACGCGAUCUUACCCCUUUCGAGACCGCCGCAUAUGCCGAGUUCGUUGGUUUCGUUGCUAGUCUGGACAUGUCUGCACACGUAUAUUAUAUUGGAGGCGGCCAGGAGACGCUCGCAAAGUGGAUGGUGUCUUUCGCUGCACGGUACGCGCCCGAAGCUGCCGAGAUACGAGACUUGAUGGUCGAAGACGAGACACAUUGGGAGGUAUUCUUGCGCAGGGCUGGUAUGAAUGCGUAUGCUGCCCAGGCGAUACUGGGACGACUCAAGGCACCAGACGGGACUCCCGAAGAAGACUUUGCUGCACAUGGCUUGCCGGCCCUCCUGCGAAUGACGCCGGUUGAGCGCGUGCAGAGGUUCGGACGCUUGAUGGGCGGGCACAGGGUGCUUAACAGGAUCAACAAGGUGCUCGAGACGCGAUGGGGUUGA